AUGCCAAACUGGGGCGGAGGUGCAAAAUGUGGAGCCUGCGAAAAGACGGUUUACCACGCGGAAGAGAUCCAGUGCAAUGGGAGGAGCUUCCACAAGACCUGUUUCCUCUGCAUGGCCUGCAGGAAGGCUCUGGACAGCACCACAGUGGCAGCUCAUGAGUCAGAGAUCUACUGUAAGGUCUGCUACGGGCGCAAGUAUGGUCCCAAGGGGAUCGGGUUUGGACAAGGCGCUGGCUGCCUCAGCACAGACACAGGCGAGCAUCUUGGCCUACAGUUCCAACAGUCCCCGAAGCCAGCACGUGCAGCCACUACGAGCAACCCUUCCAAGUUCUCUGCGAAGUUUGGAGAAUCAGAGAAGUGCCCACGAUGUGGGAAGUCAGUGUAUGCUGCUGAGAAGGUCAUGGGAGGUGGCAAGCCUUGGCACAAGACCUGCUUCCGCUGCGCCAUCUGUGGGAAGAGCCUGGAGUCCACAAAUGUCACAGACAAGGACGGAGAGCUUUAUUGCAAAGUUUGCUAUGCCAAAAAUUUUGGCCCCACAGGCAUUGGGUUUGGCGGCCUUACACAGCAAGUGGAAAAGAAGGAGUGA